AGGUGAAGGUUUUGUCCCCCCUUAGUCCUCAAAGUGAAGGUUACCAGAGUACGUGGCUCUAUGUAUCGAGGAGGGCUGUUCCUUGGAAGUGGCUGCAUAUAAAAAGGAAGAGAGCAGUGAGCCAGUACCUUCAACAUGUCUGGGCUGAAAUAUCUUGCAACUUUGAUCUGUUUCAUACUACCCAUAUCGGCUGCUUCGGAUGAAGAUUCUGAGUACUGUAAAAAUGGCGGAAUGACGGUGAAGGAGGUCAGCCAAAUACUCACUGUCAUCAAUGAUCGACGAAACAAGUUGGCUACUGGGUCGCAAAGAAAUGGAUUGAAGGACGACUACCUUCCCCCAGCAAAAAAUAUGAGAAAAAUGGGGUAUGACUGCAUGCUUGAACAUGAAGCUAAGAAUUACUUGGCCGAUAUGUGCACCUUGGACUUGGCAGAGCAUGAACCUGAUAAGGGAUAUUACUUUUGGGGGUCCGCUGUGGCAAUGUACGAGCCGUUGUCGAAUAGCCUCCCAGACGAGCUAGAAAAGGUGGAUCUUAUUGAUUUCUCCUACUUCAUCAAAGAUCAACUUGUAAAGUACACGAAGAACGAUGGAUAUCUAAUUAACUACGUCAACCUAAUGCGUGGUAGUGCUUCUAGAAUAGGUUGCGCAAUCAGGAAUUGCACCACUGAAGAAGGCGACGAUUUCUACAUAGAUUUGUGUCUCACGGACCAAAGCAAUAUCCAGGAUGGUGACGAAAUUUAUGAAGUGCGAAAAGGAGAUAAAUGCGAAUGUGAUAAACCCUGGACGUGCAGCGACGACUCGCUAUGCGUCGCCCCAGCCAAAUUUCCUGAAUCCUUCGACGAAGAACCGAGCACCAAGUGCUCAUCGAAGGAAAUGUCCGACACGAUGAGAAUGCACAUGCAAGACACUCACAAUUACCGACGCUCGCAGCUCGCCUUGGGUCAAAUUUCGGACAAUAAGGGAAAACCUUUACCCGCCGCCUCCAACAUGAAUUAUUUAGUUUGGGAUUGCGCACUAGAGAGAGAAGCUCACGAUUUUCUCAGAGAUUGCCCAAAGGAAGGCUACAAAAGACCUGAUGAUGACAGCUUAGCGCAAAAUUUCUAUUACGGUACUACAAACGAGCCAACAUUCAGGGACAUGAAUAAAAAGGCGGUCACCGAAUGGUGGAAACAGGUUCGGAAGGUUGCGGGACCUGGAACAAGCCCCUUUACUACCGAACACAACAGCACGGAGAUAAAAUCAUUCACCCUAAUGGGCUGGGCGUCAAGUAAAGAAAUGGGCUGCUCCAUUGCCAAAUGUGGUGACUAUUGGAUUGAAGCAUGUCGCUACUAUCCGCCGUAA